AUGGCUCGACUGCAGGCCAGCGGACAAGUGAAACCUCCGACUCCGCAUAUCACAAAAACUUUCAGAUUCAAAGUACCUUGUACUCCAGCACUACAGAUCUACCGCAAUCUCAAAAUGAAUUCAAACGUCCUCUUACGCAGAUUAACGUCGGCAACACCGACUAUCCUAUUAUCUCGAUCCGUCGCAGAAACACCAACAAUAUCACCAUGGCUCAGAAACACACUCCGCCGUAACUUCCCCGAAAUCCCGUCUCGACUCUUCUCUCAAACCCCAACAAUUUUCUCCUCCCCCUUCCGCCUAUCCUCCAAUAACCCCAACGAUACCCACGACUUCGAAGAAGACCUUGACCCCUCAGACCCCCUCUCCCGCUACGCGCAAUACAAACCCAAACGCCAAUGGCCACCGGACAUGACCAAGCUCUCACCGAAACACCAGUUCCGGCUUGAGCGGAAGUACCGCCGGCGCGCAGCGCUGAAGUUCGCGAGGCCGAAGUGGACCAAGGGGACGAAGUUGGUGCAGUGGAGUGUUAUUGGAUUUACGCUUGUGUAUGCGCUUUUGUUCAUGCAGUGGGAUGAUAAGGGGAGUCCGUUUGAUGAGCUUCGAGACGUUUUCUUUGCUGGUGUCAAGGCUGUGUUCUCGGCUCCUCCAUCCCCGGGUUCUGUCAAGAAAGAUAGAGAAUAA